GCAGUGCGGCCGGAGUCGCCAUUACUGUGUGAAGAGCCAACGCUGCGAGUGGCUCCGGGGGAAGCGCCACACCGACAGGGCGGCCUCACUCCACUAUCCCCGUCCCCCUCCCCACCACCCCCACCCCCCAAGCCUUUGUUUUCUACAGAAAUCUCCACUCCCCCGCCAUCCCCUCCCUUCGCGAAACGAUAAAUUGGAAGUAGGUUAUUUUAACUGGUGAGCGAGCGAGCGGGCCCCCGGAGCGGUCGGACGUUGACUCUCUCCCUCACUCCCUCUCCCCCCCGGGUUGUCGGAGUCGCGAAGCUCUGGGCGUUUGAGGCGAGUUAGUGUCGGCGGAUCAUGGCGUGCGGGGCCACACUCAAACGCAGCGUCGAGUUUGACGCCCUGCUCAGUCCACAGUCGCCCAAGAGGAGGCGGUGUAUGCCUUUAACAGGGCCCGGCACUGGGACACCUUCGCCCCAGAAGUAUCUGAAGACAGAGGCUGCGGCCUUUGGAGGAGAGAGCUCAUCAGCGCACAAACUCACCCCAGAACAAAUAUUUCAGAACAUCAAGCAAGAAUAUAGCCGUUUCCAAUGGAGGCGACAGCUAGAAGGAACUUUUAAUCAAAGUGAAACAAACUGUUCUGCUGAGGGAUCAUCUAACAAUUUGUUACUAAAUGCACCAAGUUCACCGGGUACAUUAUCAAAGAAAGAUCAGCCAUUGUUCACAUUACGACAGGUUGGGAUAAUUUGUGAGCGUCUCCUAAAAGACCAUGAAAGCAAGAUCCGGGAGGAAUAUGAACAAGUUCUAAACACAAAACUUGCAGAACAAUAUGAUGCUUUUGUGAAAUUCACACAUGACCAGAUUAUGAGACGAUAUGGAGAACGACCUGCCAGCUAUGUGUCCUGAAGCAUUUUGUGCUUGAAUGGGUGUUGGCUUUCACCUCAAGUCAGCUGCUGUACUUAUGAAAACUAGUUUUGGUGCCAUGUUUUUCCCACCUUCAACUUGAGGGAUUUUUAACUCUUCAUCGCUGGCCCACCCUACCUCUUGUAAAAAUGAAACAAAAACAAAAAUCUGACUUUGUGCUGUCAGUACAGAGAUUUGUCUACUUUCCACUGCUAACUCUGCUACUGUGAGAAUAACCUGCCAUUUAUUUCCAGUUCAAGAAGCUGAGUACCAAGCAACAGUUGUUAAACCUGCCUUUUUAAGAAGUGGCACUGAAAAUGGGAAUGUUACCUUCAAACCUUUUUGAAAGGAUUAAAGUUCUGUCACAAGUGAUUUAGUCUGAAUUUUGAAUGUCAUUAAAGUAGAAAUUUGUUUCUCUCUGAUCUGAAAAAUAGUGCACUACAAUAUUACUGCAGAAAUCUCCCUUGUAGAAUAGAUUUUAUUUUUUUAUUCAGUAGUGUCAGCUGCAAACAUUUUGUAUUGUUAUUACCUGACUGCAGGUGGUAUGUGCGUAUCCAAUCAAUUAAUUGGAUUCAGAGUUUGAGUUGGGUAAACUACAGUAGGAUUUAAAUUCCACAGAUGGACUGAAGCAGACUCGGUGUGAAAUAUUACCUGUUCUUUCGUGGUUAACUGACUGAUCACAGGAAUUGUACGCAUGGGUAUUGCCAAAUGGAUGAUCUGGUUUCAAAUUGGGUAUGGAGUGGUUUAUGUCAAGAGUUUGAUGGAACCAACUUUACCAUGUGAACAUGAAGAAAAACAAUCACUUGUAAACUGAUGUAAAGCUGUUUGUCAUUGUUUUGGUUAAAAUUGUCUAAAUGGCCUUAAAUACCCUUGUGCUUUUUCUUUAAGCCUUGUUUUGUGGCGGUGAUCUGUUUAAAUGAAUGUAACCUUUUUACCAUGUGCACCAGCAGUUUUAAAUUGGCUCUGAAUUUGUGCCAACAAUUUAAGAAUGGGGAAGGUUUGUAAAAUGAGCUGCCUUUUUUAAGCUGAAGAUUCUUCUAAUUCUCACUGGAACACGUAUUGGGCUUGAGCUUGGUCGGUAUGAUUUUCUUGCUGUCUCAAAUACAAUGUAUUUGAUCUCAAGAUGCAUGAGAACCAUAGGCAAAAAUUCAGAAACCAGAUUAUUUGGUAUAUGUUCUAGUAAUUUGGUGUGGUGCAGACUUAAUUUGAACGCUUAAUCUGAGAGAACUCCAAAUCCAACUGUUGAUCAUCCAUAUCCAAACGGUGGGGUUGAGGGAUUUUCACUAUCCCCUUAACAGAUACAAUAAUGAAUAGUUGCAUUGCAGUGACGAUUGUCACCACAAUCCUUUUUUUUUGGGGGGGUGGGGGGGAGGAAGGAUAUGAGGUUAGUUUAGUUAGAAUGAAUUCUAAUUUUUUUCCUUAAAAGCAUACCUAACCAAAGUGCAACUUUUACCUUGCUCUUUGUACAUUUUUUUGCCCUGUAUAGUACUAACAAGCUUAGUUAAAAAAAAAAACUUGACAUACACCAGACAUCUCCUUUAUUCUAGUUUGAUGUAAACAUUUAACAUUUUGAAACCUGGGGAUUUGAAAACCUGUUUGCAAAUUGAUUUCGCAACAUGCAGUAGUCUUGGAUUUGCUUGUUUGCCUGUUUUUUUAAUCUACUUAUGGUUUAGUUGACUUCUGUUAAUAAAUCUAGUGGCCUUAUGAAAACAGCCAGGUAAACCUGUUUUUGGCAUCAGAGUCAAGGUUCCCAGAUAUUCAUUAUCAGUGAUAUUAGUGUUUUUAUUAAUGAAAACAUAGUUACUUUGUGGAAUGAGAGUUCAUAUUGGCAGUAGUUGCAUACCUCCUUUGCAUGACUAACCACACAUUUUCAUGGUGAUGUUCAUUAUAAAAGGAAGCAUGCUGUUGAGUUUGGAGCUUGCACUUUUCUGACACCUUGCCAUGUAGCUGCAUAUGUGAAGGGUAAUUUAGGAUGAUUUGUAUUAUAGUGAUGCUUUUCAGUUGUGUUCUUCCUUUUUGCUAUUUAAUGGGAAUGGCAUUUACAUGAUUUGAUUUACACUUGUACCAUUGAAAUUGGAUAGUUAAGAUUAAAACUUUAGUUAUUCAGUAUUGUUGUGAAUGUUUAGUUAUACCUGAACGCUAAGAUCAAUGUUAUAGUUUUCAGUGGUGUAACAGGAACAACAAAACUUACUUUGGUUAUUAGCGCUAAUGAUAACGGUUGCAAGUACAGUACAGUCUAGGGCUACUUGAAUGAUUGGGCUGGGGGUGAAUAUUGAUCAGGUUGGUCAGUGUAUUAGUAAUUGUUUAUAUAUACUUGUCCUUCUGUACCUUCCUGUAUCCCCUGACAAUAUCCCUUUUCACAAAUGUUCAAGUUCCCCAAUGGUAUCCAAUACAUCAUGUAUGAAUAAUUCUAAUGUCACUUUUAAUCUGAAUAUUCUGUUAUUUCCAGGCUAUAGUUGUGCUCAGUAGUUUUCUUUCCAAUUGGACUAGAGCCCCAUUUUUAAAAAAAAAUCACUGCAACAGGAGUUUUCUAAAUAAUGCACUGGAUUCAUUAAAUCAUUUUACUCUUAUAAACUUACAUGGAAAAAUUAAAGUCCUGAGGUAAUUAGGUCAAAAAUGAGUUGCAUCUGUUGGUUUGUGAUUGGGCACUCCUCUUAUCUUCCAGUCCUUUACACUGUAAUUUGAAACUUUAUCAUAGGGAAAGGCUAAAAUGAGGAUGCUAGAUAUAAAUAUUGCUGUAACUGAACAGUGAGCUUUGCUUUCAGUAAGUGGUUUCUGCAAAUCCUACUGUGGGAGAUUACAAAGAGGAAUUUAGUAAGUUGAUUUUGGUGGUAGUAACACAAGUGUUUGUGUGCAUGUAUUUAAAACCUUUCCUGUAUGUCCUUAUACUUUCUACUUUCUCCCUUCUAAUUUUUCUACAAUCCUGCUGUGGUACCUUCCCCCAGAGUAUUACAGAGGUCACAAAAUAAUGGCAGUAUAAAGUGAUGACUGAUUCCUGUUGCAUUAGAACAUCCAGCAAGUUUACUUGCUGGAUAUAAAUGACAGAAUAAAGGUCAACAUUGAGACUUGUAUGUAGCUUUUAAUUUUUGGGAGUUAAAAAAAAAAACUUGUCAGUGCUUAGAACUAGUUUUCUUAUAGGUGUUUGUUUGGAAUACAUAUUGGAAUCUGAGAUCUAGGUUUUAAAGAACAGAAGGAACACAGACUUGUUCUAAACACUUUCAAACACUUUCACAGAAUGUCAUGACUUUAGAAUGUGUGCUUACCUAACAUACAGAACAGACAGUGGCAAAGCUAUUGCCCCUCUACAUAGCAAAUAAUAGCCCUUCUGUUGAGGUAAAAUUUGCUAUUUGUGUUCCAUGUAAUAGAUGUACUGUUUGUGGAGACCAUGCCUUUGUCAAGAAAGUUACUUUAAUUCACCAUUCAAUGCCAUUUGUUUCAUUGAAAUUCAUUAAACAAAUACAAUACCAA